AUGGAAGUGCGAAGACGACUGCCUCGCGAGAGGUCCUACAUACACGAAAAGCAAGAGAGUGCCCCGGUUCUCGACACUGCGACAUCCAAGACUGGACGUGGUGUGAUCAACAGCCUGCUGGUCCUGCUUGGAUACUUGGUCCACCUCCUGAAGUCGGCUGUGUAUGGGUCGCCGAAGACGGACACGCGACAGAAAGAAGAUCGAGAAGAGGACAAGAGCAAUGAAGAAAUGAUACUGUUGGGUCGUAUGUGCGGUGGAGUGAUUGCGGUGCACGAACGACGACGCAAGAGGAGUACAGCUCUGGUCUUGUCCAGCAGUAGCAAUGGAGAGGUGCCUUCGGUCCUGAAGCAUGCCUCGUCCGCAUAUGCCUUUCUGGGUUCAGAGACGCAUUCCAGAAUUCUCCGGUAUCUAUGUCGUCUUUCUAUCAAGCAGACAUCAGCUAACGCGACUUCCAGCUGUCUCUCAUACGGCCCGCCAAUCGUCCUCGAACACGCUCCUCUCGGCACCGUCCACGCCCUCCUCUCCACCAAGACACCAUACCCUUCCCUCUCGCACCCCUCAAUACCCACCAAACACGCCCCUCUCGCCCUCCCACUCUCCUGGCUUCUCCAAACCUCCUCCGCCCUCCGCUUCCUGCACGACCAAAAAGUCACCCACGGCGCCAUCUCCCCAUCCUCUCUUUACCUUCGCUCAGACAUGUCCAUCGCCAUCACCGACUUUACAAAAUCCACAAUCAAUGGCCACAACAAUGGUGUACCCACCAGAGCACCAAAAGAAUUUGCGUUUCCCGUGGAUGCGUUGAGAUAUGAUUACUUCGAUGGCGAGUUGUCUGCAAACUCUCAGGCGCUGGGGUUGGCGAUUGAUGCGUUUGACUUUGCGACGUUGGCUUAUAGAUUGUUGGUGAGAGAGGAGCCGGUGUGGGAUUUGCCCACGGGUAAUGGCACUUGGGCGUUGGAAGAGUUGCACGAGGCGUUGGAUGAAGCGGCGCCAGAGUUGGGGGAUGAGAUUGUGGUGGGUUAUGUGGCGAGGGAUGCUUGGUGUUUGGUCUAUGAGGAGGGAAAGACUUUGCAGGAGGAUGUCGUGCAUGCAUUGCUCAGACAUGGUUUCCAAGUCAGAGGCGAUGAGGUUAUUGGUGUCAAGGAGGCUGCCCAGGACUAUGCAGAGUCGCAUCACCCUUCUUGGAGGUUCGAGAAGUGA